AUGUCCACCCCUGCCAAGUCGCAAAACGUGUGCGCCGGCUGCCGCUCGCGAAAGAAGAGAUGUGAUGGAGCGCGGCCGGCCUGCUCGGCGUGCCUCAAGCGCGGAGAGCUUUGCGUCUUCGGCUCUGACCUGACGAGCGGUCCUCCGGUCGGCUGGGCCCUCACGGCGGCUGACCAGCCGUGGCACGCGCUGUCCGGCAACUCCGGCGAGAACGUGGGCUUCCCCCUCGGCCUGUCGGGGGAGCAGCUGUGGAUGGGCUUGGACGGCGGCUUCCAGCUCGACGCGCAGGUGCUCCCGUCGCCGCAAAAGUCGGCGUCGCCGGGUGACGGCCCCCAAGAAGAAGAGCUUCCAGCCUUGCCGGUCCUCCUGCAGCUCGUAGACAUCUUCUUUGAGCGCUUCUACCCGUACCUGCCCGUCAUCCACAGGCCAACGCUGGUCGGCAGGCUCCCGGCCGACGGGACGGCUCCCGUGUUGCUAUACGCCAUCUGUGCAGUGGCUGCCGACGCGCACCCGAGCCCUGACAUCCAGAGGCGACAGGGCGGCUGGUUCGCCGCGGCCAAGGCGCACCUCUCGCGGUCGAUGCACUCGCCGGAGCGCGCGCUGCAGACGAUGCAGGCCGCCGUCCUCGUCAUCUACCAAGCGACGGUGCAGACCGACUUUUCGACGUCGUGGCUCGUUCUCGGCGAGGCGUGGCGCAAGGCCGUCGCCAUCGGGUGCAGCGCCGUCGACGCGGGUACUAAGCUGACCAUGCCCGCGCUCGGAGCCGGGCCGGGCGACGGUUGGGUCGAGCGCGAGGAGUGCAGACGUGUCGUCUGGAUGCUCUUCGUGCUCGACCGCGGCAUGUGCUUUCCCAUGGGUCUCGUGCACGCCGUCGACGACCGCCAGCUGCGCGUGAACCUGCCCAUGGACGACGCCGUGUUCCAGGGCGAGAGCGAGCCGGCGCGCGCACAUGUUCAGCAGCGCUUCUUCCCAGACCUGGACAAGCUCACGUCGACCGUCCAGGAGCAGCACCGCCAGGGCGCCGGCAACAUCUUGCACUGCCUCGUUCUAGCGUAUGCGCUUCUGGGCCGCAUCGGCGAGCAUCUCUACUCGUCCCAGUUUGGCGACGACGGGACCGAGGGGCUAGAGGAUCUCGCCUCUAGCCUCGCGCGCAUCCGGCUCGUCAUGCCGGCUUCGGCCACGGACCUCGCUGCCGCCGAGUACCCGGAUCACGGGCGCGUCGUCUGGAUCAGCAUCGUCAUGUCGGCCUGCGCGAUCCUCCUUUACCAUCGCCCGCUCAAGGACGGCGAGGACGCACACGGAAGCGACAUGGCGGCCAACUGGCCGUACUGCGUGGCCGCCGCGCGAAGCACCGUCUCCGUCGUCCGCCAGGCGGCUCGCGUGUCCACCGACUUUGCCAACAACGGGCAGGUCACAGCGCUCUUGUUCAUGAGUUGCCGCGUGCUCAUCACGGAACACCUCUGCCCGGUCUCGGGCGCGCGCUCGGCCGCCGUCCGCGACGACCUCGAGGUGCUGCUGCUGGCCAUCAGGCGCAUGAGGGACACGCUCAAGAACCUGGGCGACAAGUUUACCCGCGGCGUCGUCUUUUACCUCUCUGGCGGGCGAGAGCGCGCAGAGGCGGCUCGGGCCCUCGGCGCGGGGGGAAUCCUGAGGACAUGCGAGAAGUGGCCGAGCGUCGACAUUGACGACAUGCAGAUUCCGCCAUGA